CUGGUGUAAUUUGUCUAAAGACAUACCAAAUUUUAAUCCAUGCACAUAACCUAACCGCUUAAUAAAAUAAAAGUGUUAAUCGAAAAGUAUUUCCUUAAACUGAAUCGAUAUGACCGUCAAGACGCAAAAGGCCAAAAUUAUUAUAGAUGAAGACGGCCUCCAUUCCAAUUCUGAUAGCGAACAUUUAGUGGACGACGAGGAUUCGGAAAUCGAAGUAACUGACUCCAAAUCGAUCAAAAUAGCGAAAAAACGAGCGCGAAACAGACGGUCUGACAGUGACACCGACGAUCUAGAACGUCAGAGUGAGGUCUUGGACGAUGAAAGCGCAGCGCUGCUUAACGAGGGCUGGGCGGAUUCAAUUGCCAGAAUUUUAAGAACUAACAAGCCGAAAAAGAAAAAAUCUACUGCGCUCUCAAAAGCCAAAAAACUCACCGAGGUAAAACGCAAAACUCUUAUCACGGAAAGUUAUGAAAUUGCCACUGGAGAUGGGGAAAUCAAAAAAGAAACAAUUGUCAAAGAGGAGGAAGAAAACGCAGAUGAACGGUCAAGAAGAAAGAGAAGGGAGUUGCCAAAUUUAAGGGUAAAACCAAACAUACUCGAAAAAGACAGGGAGCGAACGUUACAAAAAAUAGCAACCAGAGGUGUGGUUCAGUUAUUCAAUGCAGUUAGGACGCAGCAGAAGGAUAUCAGCAAAAAGCUCGAGGAAGCUGGUCCUUUGGAGGUUAGAAAGGAGAAAGUGCUGAAGAGCAUCGAUAAACGGGCAUUUUUGGACGUACUUAUGGGUGAAAAGUCGACCAGAGUUGACGAAGCGGUUAAAACUAAGGAAAACAAAGCGGAGAAGAAAAAUGAUAAUGGUUGGAAUGUUCUGAGGGAGGAUUUUAUGAUGUCUGCAAAGAUGAAAGACUGGGACAAAGAAAUUAAGGACGAAAGCGAAGCAGACGUCGAAAUGGAAAAAGAAAUGGACGUUGAAUCCGACUAGUGAACGUGAACGUGUAUUAAACUUAUAUAUUAAAUUAUUGAAACUUUACAA